UGAUGGCCUCAGAUUUCUCUCGUAAACUAGAGCUCAUCAUGAGCCUCCAGAACUCGUCGAGCCUUGGCAGAGUUAACUCGGUCAGCUUGCGAGAAUCGGGGGUCAACUCCGUAGUACCAUAUAGCUCAGUAGCUCCGUGAUACAGUGUUUAACGAGCCUUGGUGGUCUUCAACGAGCAAAUCGUUCUACAUUUCGAUCUCUGCCUCAUGCACCGGCUUUAAAUUAAGUGUGCUGAUACGGUGUUUGUCAAAAUGUUUCACUGAAAUUCAAAGCAGAUUAUAUAUGUUUUUCAUAGUUUUUAGGAUUUGAAAACAGUUGCCUAAAUUCCGUACCAAGCAAAUUUUUUUAGUAUAAUAAUUGUAUGUGAAAACUUGUUCAUGGUCUCGACUUCUACUUUGCAAGUGUGGUAUAACCUUCUUUUUGCUUUUACUAUGCAGAUUUCUCCAAACCCAAAAGAAAACCAAAAGAUUUGCAUACUGCUCUGUUUUUCUUCAAGCCUAGUCUUGAUCAAGAGCUAAGAUCAGAGAAGCAGACGAAUUGGUAAGCUGAAGGUGCCAUGGCGAUGGAGAUACUCAAUGCAAUUAUUCCUACAAUAAUUGACUACACAAUUAGACCAGUUGCACGCCAAGUGGGUUAUAUCAUUUCCUACAAAAGCAACCUUGAAGAUCUAAGGAGUAAAUUGGAGAAUUUUGAUUCUGUCAAACAAAGGAUGAAGCAUGACGUUGAUGAAGUCCGAAGAAAAGUUGAUAAAAAACUGGAAGCUGAUGUCGAGAAAUGGCAGUCAGAUGCAGAGAAGACCACUCUGAAGGCAGAAGCACUCUUGCAUGAUGAAGGCCGUGCAAAGACAAAGUGUCUCAUUAUAUGUCCUAAUCUGAUAUACUAUCAUCAGCGUAGCAGGAAGUCAACAAAACUGAUGGAAAAGAUUGAAGCACAUGAAAAUAAAAAAAAAGGGUUUCAGAGUCUUUUUUACGAUGCUCCCGUAGAAGACAUAUCUGGCAUAGCCUCCCACGACUACAUGGCCUUUGAAUCAAGGAUUUCUAUGGUGAAGGCUAUCAUUACGGAACUGAAAAACCCUGAUAUCAACAGGAUUGGGGUGUACGGAUUAGGGGGCGUUGGGAAGACAACACUUGCCAAAGAGGUUUACAGAGAAGCUGUGAAAGAGAAGUUAUUUGGUAAUGUGGUUAUAAUAAUAAAUGUCAAAGAAAAAGAAGACAAAAAAAUUCAAAGGGAAAUUACCGAAAGGUUGGGGAUGGACGAUGAAUCUGAGGAUAUGGGAAAAAAGGCGAAUCUCCUACGAGCCAGGAUAAAAGAGGAGCAGACUCUUGUCAUUUUCGAUGAUGUUUUGGAAAGAAUUGACUUUGAGGCCAUGGGACUUGUUGGUGUGCCGAAUUGUAAGUUAUUGUUGACAUCUAGAGAUAGUACAGUUUUAUUAUCUGAUAUGCGUACGCAAAAAGAAUUUCCACUUGGAUUUUUAACAGAAAAAGAAAGUUGGAGUUUGUUUGAGAAGGUGGCAGGUAAUGUCGUUAAAGACAACCGUAUACUGAAAGAAGCAACCCAACUAGCAAAGAAAUGUGGAGGUUUGCCGGUUUUGGUUGUUGCAGUUGCAAGUGCUUUAAAGGAUAGUAGUUUGCAGGAAUGGAAAGAUGCGUUGAAAAGCUUCAAAAGAUUUGCCGAGGAAGAAUUGCAUGAAAAAGCAUUCUUGGCUCUAAAGUGGAGUUACAAACGAUUGGAAGAUCAAGAGCUUCAGCAAUUGUUCUUGCUUUGCGGAAUUCUUGCAAAUGGGGGUAGCACCAUUUAUGUCUUUUAUUUGUUGCACUGUGCUAUGGGUUUGGGUUUGGUUGGAAGUGUUGAGACAGUGGAAGAGGCACGGAUUUCAUUGAAUAGAAUGGUUAAAAAACUAAAACAUUCUUGCCUAUUGCUGGACAGUGAUGAUGAUAGGACUGUUAGAAUGCAUGAGCUUGUACGAGAUGUUGCUUUCCGGAUCGCAUCUGAUGAUCAAAAGGCCUUUUCAAAAGCAGAUGGAGAUGAGGUUAAAGAAUGGCCCGCUGAGGAUUUCCUUGAAAAAUGUACAAGGAUGUCCUUAAUAGGUUGCAAGAUCCCCAGGCUUCCUGAAGUACCUUGGGAAUGCCCAGAAUUAAAAUUGUUAAUCUUGUCCGAUAAUUAUAUGGGCAACUCCCAGGAAAUCCCAAGCAAAUUUUUUGAAGGGAUGAAAGAACUCAAAGUGUUGGAUGUCAGCGGAAUCCGUAUUCCGUCGCUACCUCCGUCUCUUCUAUCCCUAAAGUAUCUCCACACAUUGUGUCUAGAUCAUUGCGAGUUGGAAGACAUAGCUCUUGUUGGACAGCUAACAAACUUGAAAAUCCUUAGCCUCUUACAGUCCGAGGUUAAAGAAUUGCCCAAAGAAAUAAGGCAAUUGACUAGCCUACAAUUAUUGGAUUUGACCUGUUGCUCUAAACUUGUUCUGAUCCCACCUGAUGCUAUAUCGUGCUUGACAAGACUAGAAGACUUGAGGAUGGGAAUAAAAAGCUUCAAGCAAUGGGAGGGUGAAGGUUUGGUCGACGGCAGAAGUAAUGCCAGCGUUUCAGAGCUGAAGCACUUAUCUCAUCUAUCCGCAUUGGACGUACACAUUCCAGAUGCUAACCUUCUUCCAACCAACUUGUUCUCCGAUAAGUUAGAAAGAUACACCAUACUUGUCGGUGAUUGUUGGGAGUAUCCUAACAUCCUUGCAACCUCCUCUAACAUGCUAAAACUCAAGCUCACCGGGAGUAAUCAGUUCGAUCGAGGUAUAAAGUUGCUGGUAAAGAGAAGUGAGCAAUUGUACUUGGAUGGGGUGGAGAUAGUGAAUAUUAUUUCCUAUCUAUUUGACAGUGAAGCUGUUAAUCACCUGACGCAUCUCCACGUCCAAAACAACGACGAAGUCACAUAUGUUAUUAACUCCGUCAGUUGGAGUUAUUCUCAAAAUGCCUUCCUCAAUCUGGAAUCUCUAUCUCUUAAAAACAUUGUGAGUUUGAAAAGUGUAUGUUAUGGACAACUCAUAGGCAACCCUUUCCAAAAGUUAAAAUCUUUGACACUGCAGAAUCUACCAAAGCUUAUUGGUUUCUCUUCCAAGGGCAAGCAAUUAACGAAUGAUACAAAUGCCGACGAAAUCGUGUUGGAGGAUGAAGCUGGUGGACCACCGAGACUUUUCAAUAAUGAGGAGGUUUUGAUGCCGAACUUAAUAAGCUUGACUGUGCAUCAAUGUGAUAGUUUAAGAUUCUUGUUUUCAAGUUCUAUGGUUAAAUGUCUCAGGCAACUCAAGCAUCUCAAGAUAUCCAAAUGUCAAGCACUACAAAUGGUAUAUGACACAUCAGCUACCACUCAGUUGAAUUGUUUUGAGUGCCCAAAUCUAAACUCAGUUGAGGUAGACUCGUGUGAUAGUUUGAAAAAUGUCUUUCCCGCCUCAGUGGCCAAAGAUCUUAAGCAACUAAGCAAGUUGAUGGUUAAGAAUUGUGGUUUAAUGGAGGAAAUUGUUGCGAAGGAAGGACCACAAACGACAUACAAGGAGUUCGGGUUCCCUAAAGUAACAUUGAUUGAAUUUCAUAACCUGCCCCAACUUGGGAGUUUCUAUCCAGGACUGCAUGUUUCUAAUUGGCCAUCACUCAACUACUUAAAGUUCACGAAAUGUGGUGGUGUGGAGAUUUUGCCUGCCGAAUUUUUAACAUAUCAAGACAAGCUUGAGUUGGGCUACCCAAAGCCAACUAAACAAUCUUUCUUUUUAAUUGAGAAGGGUAAGUCAUUUUUCAACUUGGAAUACUUGAUUUUGGACGAGGACACAGAGAUUUUGUAUGGUCCACUCCUGGCAGAGUUGUUCAGAAAACUAAAAAGAAUUGAUUUUGCAACUUCACAUCCCAAGUCAGAUGUUUUCUUUGAGAAUUUCCAGAAUAUUGAAGUGCUCCAUGUGUUCUGUGCUCCUUGGAAAGAAUUAAUUGUCCACGACCACCAAGGAAGUAGUAGAGGGGAAAUACAUGAAGUUGGAACCCUCCCACGUGUAAAGGUUUUGUGGCUCAACAAUAUGCCGGAGCUGAUACAUCUAGAAAAAGAGAGCUCCCAAUCAGGGGGCCCUGUUUUUCCAAACUUGAAAUUCCUACGGCUAGAAAAAUGUGGCAAAUUAGAGAAUCUAGCUUCAACUUUGAUAUCUUUUCGGAAUCUAACCACUUUGACCAUAUUGGACUGUCACGGACUGCAAUACUUAAUACCUUAUUCUGUGGCUAAGAAUUUGCGGCAACUCCAGGUGUUGGAUGUUGGUUACUGUGAAAGAAUGGUAGAAAUAGUGGCAAGCAACGGAGAUGAUGCAGAAAAUGAGAUUACUUUCAGUUGCUUGCGAGAUUUGAAACUUUGUGAUCUACCAAGUCUGCAAGGAUUUUGCACUGGAAAUUGCAUUUUCAAGGUCCCAUCUUUACAGUCCAAGAAUUUGAUUGUCAAGAAGUGUCAGCUGAUUGAGUUAAAGAUUUCUCCUGAUGGGUUACUCCAAAGUGAUCCAAGACCAGAAAGACAACAAAUAGCAGAGGAAACUGAUGAUGUACGGAUGCCAAGUGAUUCAAAGGAAAAUGAUCAAACUGACCAGUUGAUGAUUGCCGAUUCAAAUGUAGAUGUUACAAUUGCAAGACUCUCUGCCAAAAAGGAAUCCUCAUAUUUUGGCUGGCGUGUUAAGGUUUUCCGAUUGUGUGCGAUUGCGUGUUUGUGUGUUAUUUUCCUCUUCCUUUUGUUCUUCCUUUUAAAGGAAGAAAUAUCAGCCUGGAGAGCAGACUGGAAGGCACUCUGAUCAGUUGGACCACACUACACAUUCCACGCAAAUCAUAUUGGUGUGUUCAAAUUUUUAGAUGGAGAAAACCUUUGCUACUUGGGAGUCAGGAAAUACGCAUUGGAGAUCCGCUAUCUUGGCUUUGGUGUUAUUGUGGUUGCUACUUUAAGUAUACUUAUUUCUAAUUUUUCUUGUUAAUUGCUCUAACUAUUCUGUUCUCCCCUCAAUGGUCUGUGCCCAGCCUUGGUUCCCUGGCCGAUCUCAUCUUGUUUGAUAUAAGCCUGCAAGCUGCGGCCUCAAUGGAAAUUGGGAUGGAACUAAUGCAUGUUCCAUGUCAUGUUAUGCUUGUAUUGACUUAUGUGUUUCGUCGUAAAAGUGUGAUUUGUAUUUGGAGCUUUGUUUGCUACAUUUUCGGUCUUGGUGUUUGGGAAAUAAUGCUUGUGCAAUUUCUGUAAACAUUGAUGCAUUACAAGUGGUGCUUGUGUGCAUCAUGCAUUACAGUGCAUGUGUCUCUGAAGCUGGUUUAUACUGGAGUGCUCUUCUUAUUUGUGUGGGGAUUGUUAAAAAUCUGGACGUGUGUAUGUUUGUAUAUUUCAUUCAUAAAAUGUAGGCUUAAAUUGGUUUAAAUGAUUCUGGGGCUCUUUAUCCGUGAAUUGGUUUAAUGAAAUACUCAUUUUAUUUCUUCCC